AUGAACAACUCUACCUUAGAAAGUCUGCCGCAGACGUUACUCUCCACAAUCCAGAAUAUUCAAAACCGAGACUCCGUUUCUCAAGCGACACAUCAAUUUGCAUCUUCUGCCGGGUCUUCUGGCAAUGUCCUGCAAGACAUAAUUCAAGCCACGAAUCAGUUAUCCAACUCGCUGAAUCUUUACAGCUUGGCAAACUUCACAGAACCGAAACUCAUCUCACGACUGAAGGAACAUGCAAAUACGUCCCAUUCUCUCAACAUGUCAGACCUCAAUGUCAUCCAAAUUGUUGAUGCACUGAAAAAGAGAACGGGCGUCAAGUACGGCGAAGAUAUACCCUUGGACCGCGCAGCCUUAGCGGAUUGGUGCAUCUCGCGGUUUGAGGCAUGGGGGACCUCCGUGGGCAUGGAGUCGUUCAAGGACGAAACCGGUGAAGGCACUGUCAGCUUAGUGUUGGGUGGGAAGGUCUUGGUGGUGGACGUCGAAUUCUCCGUGAAUCGGUCAAGGCCUCUCUCUUCUAUCGAGGUAUUGAACGUUAAAACGUCCUAUGCCAACUUCGAUACUGCCGGCUCAGCAUCCUUGGACGCAUUUCUGGCGACGAGCAUGUCAGCCUUUUGCGAUGCCGUACAAAAGCCUGAGGCUGACGUGAACCUUCUGGAGGCGGCGAGGCUGGGGACGGUCGUUAACCACCACCUCCGCUACCUGGUUAUGCUGGAUAGGCUCGCAAACAGAAAAGAUGACGGAGGUAUCAGGUGGUUCGUUGAUGUAGAUCAACUCUGUCAUGUCUUGGAGGAUUUUGCAAAGGCAGAGGCACUUGCAGUUUCUUCGUCGUUGCAACAUACUGCACCCCUUGACAUUUUUUUGCUUCGUGCGCAUGCGCUACCACUUCCUUAUCUGAUGUCUCCCUGCAUAUCUUUCUUGAUCCAUCUUUCUCCUGCCUCGUAUUUGCGACUUUUUCGGCAAUCUUGCCAAUCUUGGGACGACACCGUCACGGAUCCCGCACCACAUCUACCGCAGCUUGACAUUCCCUUAUCCCGAAUACGGAAAUUUUUGGCAUCUCGACCCAAGGCUGGUGUCGCCAUCGCCACACUCACGCUCUCCCCUGAAUCGGACUUCCAUUCAUCUGCCUCCGUGUCCAUGCCAGCAUUGAAUGCACGACCCGUCUUUCCCCUGGUACCCGGUGGUAUAGAACUGGAACAUACAUUCCCGCAGACAUUCGAUUCGCCGUUGGACUUGGAUGGCGAACCGUCUACGAAACCUUCCUGGAUUCUUGAUUUCACCCAAAGCGGCUCGUGCCCCGGAGUCGUAAUGAGUCAGUCAAGGAUGCGGGAGAUAGAGCUUGUUGUCAACCCUCUGAGCAGUAUAGACCAGCUCAAUAAUAUAAUGUCAUUCGGUACUGGCAGCUGGGUGGAUAUUCUGUUCAACCCUUCCGGUGCAGAUCCAUCGAGCCCAGUGUCACCAGAGCGCUAUACUGCCAUCUACCGAUCCCCAUCUUCAGCUCACCCGCCACUACAAUUGCGGCUUACUGCGCCAGAAGAGCCUGGUUUUGUGCUCGAGAGGGUACCUGUUCAUAGCAUGAAGGAAGCCUGGGGUGUGCUAGAGAUUGUUCGAGAACAAUGCUGGUUGAAUGAAAUUUUGUUAGGCUGCAAAUGGACGGCAGAAGGCCUUCCUUCCGAAACUGAUGUAUUAUCGGACGACACAGAACCUACCGAAGAAGAUCUGCUGGCCGUCCUCAGCGGCACAAAUGUGCCGCGCAAAAUUCCUGUCAAUGUUUUUCUUCUACAGAGCCGGUUUAACGGGGAGAAUAUGAAUGGUAUGCCUGUCGUUAAUGACCAGCGUCCGAGAAUCUUCAUGGUGGCUCCUGAACGCCCACCUAUCUCUGGUUCGGUGGGAAUCAAUGUCACUUACGACGAGUCGAAACCUAGAGGAAUCAGUGUUGAAGUUAAUGGUGCCAUGGGAGUAGAUAUAAAACUGGAUCUAUUGGAAGAAGUAUGUCGGCGUGGUGGGACUUUUAGUCUGCCAGGGCGCAUUUGGGCGAGUGCAUCUGGGUCAUCUUGAAUAGCCUUUGGGAAGAUAAAUGAAAUGUCGUACUCUGACCAAUUUAGUCCGCUGCUGAAAUGCAGCACCUCGUCAUAACCGCAGUGAUAUUAUGCAAUACACGAUAAAGAAAUGACCGCAGAAUUGCUUAGAAGUACAGUAAUGU